AUGUUGACUUAUAAGUACGGCUCAAUCCUGGAAAAUAUCGAAGGGCAGGAUUGCUAUGUGAGACAAAUCCAGUGGUUAGGUUUCAAGCCUUCCGAAGUCCAGAAUUUACCAGUUGCUGACAAUCAAUAUAUCAAGCUUAGCAAUCGUGACUUUGCGAAGAUCAGGAAGCUUCGACGGAGAGCGCAAGCUCUCGGAGAGCAGGACGUGAUCGUAGAGGUCUCCGCUAUAUUCCCAUGUAUCAACUUUUCCUAA